AUGGUCGAUCUCACCUUUGACCUCCCCAUUAACCCGGCCGAGCCGAACAGCGCAAAGAUUAGCGUCACCGGCACCAUCGAGCAGGCCGUUGCAAAGAUGGAGGGGGAGUACCCCGGCUGGAACGCGACGUUUACGUCCCAGCCUGGUGCCGCUGGUGGUGGUGGUGGUAGUGUCUCGAGAAUCUUUGAACCGGACCACUACGACUGCAAUGUCCCUGGGGAUGAGGACGCGUUGCAGGAGCAGAUCUUUGAGGGGAUUGAGUACCUCCGGAGGUUGAAUGAUACUGCUAGGAACGGGCCCGGGCCAGAGAAUUGUGGGAGGGUUAGUUGUAGUUGGAAUUCGGCUAUUAUUUGGUGUAAUAAUAAUGACUUUGAGAAGGAGCUUCAGUGGAGGGAUAUUGCUAAUGCGGCGGCGUAUGUUACCGUCAAGUGUGCGCUUGAUGAGACGGUGUAUGUCAAGGGGCAUGGUGAGUAUACUAAGGAGGGGUGGUAUGUGGUGUUGCGGAGGGAUUGGUGCUGA